AUCAUUUCCAUGGCAUUUUAUCCCAAACAACACACAAGAAAUUUCUUUUAACAGAUUUUUCUUUGAUUUUUAAUUAAAAUACUUGUUUUAAACUUGAAAAGAAAACAUCUUACAAUUUAAAUCUAACUCUAUUGUUCUUCAAAUUCGAUUCGGGUUUUUUUGGGAUAGGCAAAGACACAAGUGCCCAAGCCAAGGCACUGCGUACAUCCAAUCAGUAAUCAGCAACCAACAAAAACAACAACAACAAAAACAGCUUCACAUUUUAUUCACAGAAAAAUGGACUCACCUCCAAUGUUUAAUAGUGUCGAAGAUGAAUGCAGAUACUGGAAAGAACGAGCAAAGCUUUAUCACAAAGAAUGGACAGAUGUGAAGCAAGAAUUCGAUGAAUAUGUUGAACAAUCCAGACAAAUGGAAGCCGAAAUGGAUGCAACGUUAGAACAGAAACAGAAUUCCAUCAAAGAUCUCAGAAUAAAAGUAGCAAAUUUAGAAAAAGAAAAUGAUUCCUUACGAAUGAAACAAGAUUCACAUAUAAUUGAAUUUGCUAAUGUUGAAAAACAAUUGGAAACUGUUAAAACCGAAAGAGAUUCAAUGAAGCAAUACCUGCGUCAAUUGGAACAGAAAAACGACGAUCUCGAGCGUGCUCAUCGGAUAUUGAACGAGAGCAUUGCAUAUUUCGAAACUAUGCUUGACAAGGAAUACGAAAAGAAUGCCUUACUCGAAGUGGAAGUUGAUGAAAAAGAGAAGCUACAAGUUAAGCUACAAAGGCUGAUGGAUGAAACAAGAGAUUUAAAACAAGAACUAAAUAUUAAAACACGAUAUCCCAGUACCACACCGAAUGGAGUUGCUGAAAGUUCAGUUCUAUCAGAAAAUCUAAGUAAUCCGACAAUUGCAACCAUACCAACUGGCAACAGUCAGUCAUCGUUGAAUGAAUAUAAUCAAAACUCUUUAAAAAAUCCAGACAAUAUGCUGAAUGGAAACGCUGCCGCCAUGACUGCAAGCUCCCGCACAACAGCGUUGAAUAUUGUUGCUGAUAUGUUAAGAAAGCUGAAUUUGGAUAAAACACUUAUAUGUUCACGUUGUAGUAAAUUUCGUUGUAUUUGCAAAGAACAGAGCACACUUCAAGACGAUAGUAAUAUUUUAAAUGACACAAGCAGUACCAGUCGAACGAACAGUAACCAGUCAAUUGGUUCGUCAAAUAUUUUUAAACGAUUUGCACAACGUUUCAGCGGCGAUUUUCAAUGCACUUCGCCAUCAGUCACAUCUUCGACUUCAACAAUCGAUGAUCCAAGCAAUGCUAUGGAAACAAAGCUGAAAGCGUACCGUGAACAGCCGCAAAGCAUGCAACCGCGACAAUGACAACUAGCCAGAGUACACCACCCUGUUGCGGAUAAUUGCGCUGCUUAAAAAUUACCCAUGUCAACAGAGGUCUUGUACUGUGUGCGAAGUGUCCUCCAGCAAGGAUAUUAAUUGUUUUCAUUUGUAUUAUAGGUACUAUUUAUUUUUUGUUUCAAUUUCAUUUAGAAAGAAGAAGAAAAAAGUGUUUUUUUAAUUCAGAGACGCAAUUCCAUGAUGGGAAUUCCAAACAAAAAAAGUGCUUUUGUGAUUUAUUUAAUUUUUAUACAAUGACGCCCAGGCUUGGGGGAACGAGCGAAAGACUAAAUGUUUUUACCAUACAACAGACAACUUAUUUUAUAUAUAUUUUCGCCUGAAAACAACCAAAACACUCUUAAGCUUAAUUUUCACUGAACUCCGGCAGAACUAACUAAUACUGGUUUAUUAGUUUCUUAAAGUAUCUGUUGGAUAGAAAUGAUAGCAACAACAACACUGGACAAAAAUAUAUAUUUAAACAAAACAAACAACUGAUACUGAUGAUCAUUCGAUGAUAUAUAAAAAGAAAAAAAAAAACAAAAAAAGGAUGGAUAGACGUAUGAGAUAGAAAACAAAAACACAUAGGAUAUAAAAAUAGAAGUAGUGCAAAGCAGGACUUAAAUUUAAAGAGAAAGUAUUUCCUAAGCAUUAUGUAAGCCUAUGAAAUAGUUUAACUCAUAAUUAGAAUAUCUAUGAUAAUGUAUAACCCCAGCAAUUAUAUAUAUAUAAAACACAAAAACAAAAAAUCAAAAGAAUCCUUCCUAUGUGUUUUAAUUUGCCUUAUUAAAUAAAAAAAAUAUUAAUAAUAAAAAAAUCCGUGAAAAGGAUAUUUAUGUGUUAGGCAUGAUGUACAAUUUUAUUUAAAAACAAUGAGAAAUCCCUUUUUAAAACCUAAAUACUAUUUAAAAAUAAAAAUGUUAAAUUAAACAAAGUUUA